AUGGCUUACUGUCACACGCAUCUCUUCGCCAUCACGACACCAUGGAAGCUCACUAUGUGUGUUACACAAACAUACAGGGAUGGUGACAAACAGAGGGCGGAUCGAUCUUUGUGGACCAAUGCAACCGGAACGGACGCUUUGAGUCUGGACGACAAGGCUGCUCGGUUUUCCGAUCCCUAG